AAAACGUGUGUAGGAUAAGAUGUUGUUUUGCUCUUCGCCCCGCCCACAUUGAGACGUACCACUUCAGUCUCCAAGCAAACUUUGUCAUAUCUCAUUUGACACACUGACACCACUACGACCAAACGACAGCUCAAGUGUUGGAUUUGAAGUGGCCCAACAUGGAAGAGGACGUAGAGGCAACAGACGAUUCCAGCCCCCCAAAGAGUGAGAUAAAGACGGGCCCCGAGUCCAGCUGUGCAUCCUGUAGCGAUGAAUCCAUGAAUCUCCCAAUGACUUUUAAAAACAUUCCGGCCAAAUCGUUGGAAAAACAGUGUGAACCUGACUGCUUGUCUUUGAAGAGUAAUGAAUCCAUGAAUGCACGAAUGACAUUUAAAAAGGAGGACAAUAAAUCUGAGCCAUUUGUUGUCAUCAAAGAGUCAAACCUGUGUGAUGAUGUGGACUCUGUUUUUACAGCACUAGAGAACAGCAUUAUGGAUUUGGUUAAAACUGAGUUGAAGAAGAUUAAAAAUAUUGCCACAUGUGACUCCCCAGAAUAUUUUGGAAAUAUAAAAGAGGAAGAUGAGAACAGCAAAGCAUUUUUAAAAAUAGCACUUAAUCUUUUAAGACAACUAAAACAAGAAAAGCUGGCUGACCAUUUACAAAAAGUUUAUGCAGAGACACCUGCAGAAAUCUGUCAGCGCAAACUAAAGUCAAAGCUGCAACAAAGAUUUGAGUGUGUCUUUGAGGGCAUCGCUAGAGCUGGAAACCGAACACUUCUGAACCAGAUCUACACAGAGCUGUACAUCACUGAGGGAGAGGUCACUGAGGUCAACGAGCAGCAUGAGAUCAGACAAAUUGAAGCUGGACUCAGGAAAUCAAAUCUACAAGAGAAAACUAUCACAUGUGAAGACAUUUUCAAAGGAUUGGUUGACAGAAAUGAACCUGUCAGAACUGUGCUGACCAAAGGAGUGGCUGGCAUUGGGAAAACAGUGCUCACACAGAAGUUCAGUCUGGACUGGGCUGAAGGCAAAGCCAACCAGGAGAUAGAGUUUAUAUUUCCAUUUACAUUCAGAGAACUCAACAUAGUCAAAGACAAGGAGUUCAGCUUGGUGGAACUGAUCCAUCAUUUCUUUGAUGAAACUAAAGAAGCAGAUGUUCUGAGCAGUUUAGAGGACUUCCAAGUCGUGUUCAUCUUUGAUGGUCUGGACGAGUGUCGUCUUCCUCUGGACUUCAGUAAGAACAGGAGUGUGUCUGAAGCAACACAGCCCACAAUACUUGACGUCCUGUUGACAAACCUCAUCAAAGGGGAUCUACUCCCUUCUGCCUGUGUCUGGAUCACCACACGACCUGCAGCGGCCAAUCAGAUUCCUGCUGAAUACAUCGACAUGGUAACAGAGAUCAGAGGCUUCAGUGACCCUCAGAAGGAGCAGUACUUUAAGAAGAGGUUCAAAGAUAAGAAGAAAGCCUUUCAGAUUAUCUCCCACAUAAAGAAGUCCCGCACCCUUCACAUCAUGUGCCACAUCCCGAUCUUCUGCUGGAUCGCAGCCACAGUCCUGGAGUAUAUGCUGAGGACCAGUGAGGGCCAAGAGCUGCCCAGGACUCUGACUGACAUGUACAUACACUUUCUGGUGGUCCAGGUCAAAGUCAAGAAGGACAAGUAUCAUGAGACCAGCGACUUCCACUGGAACCAGGAGACCAUCCAGAUGAUCCAGGCUUUGGGAAAACUGGCCUUUGAGCAGCUGCUGAAGGGAAACCUGAUUUUCUACGAGUCUGACCUGAAUGAGUGUGGCAUUGACAUGAAGGCAGCCUCCACCUACUCGGGGGUCUUCACCCAGAUCUUCAAAGAGGAGAGAGGCCUGUACCAGGAGAAAGUCUUCUGCUUCAUUCAUUUAAGCAUUCAGGAGUUUCUGGCUGCUCUUCAUGUCCAUGUGACCUUCACUAAGACUGGACUCAACCUGCUGUCAUCAGAGCGUAGUACAGAGGCUGAGCUGUACCAGUCUGCUGUGGACACAGCCUUACAGAGUGCAAAUGGACACUUUGACCUAUUCCUCCGCUUCCUCAUGGGCCUGUCUUUGUCCAGCAAUCAGAGUCUACUACAGGGUCUGAUUUCUCCUAAAGGCAGCAGCACAGAGACAAGUCAGAAAACAGCAGAGUACAUCAAGCAGCUGAUAAAUGAGAGUGUCUCUGUGGAAAGAAGCAUCAACCUGUUCCACUGUCUGAAUGAACUGAAGGAGCACUCUCUGCUGCAGCAGAUUCAGGCCUAUGUGAGCUCAGGGGCGCUGGGCUCUCUGACCCUGACCCCAGUGCAGUGGUGUGCUCUGGUUUUCAUCUUACUAUCCUCUGAACAAGAUCUGGAGUUGUUUGAGCUGCACAAGUACUCUGCUUCACAGGAAGCUCUGUUCAGACUGCUACCUGUUAUCAAAAUGUCCCGCAAAGCUGUCCUGAGCAUCUGUAACUUAACAGAGAAAAGUUGUCAAGCUUUGGCCACCAUUCUUAGCUCCCAGUCAUCCAAUCUCAGAGAGCUGGACCUAAGCAACAAUGACCUCAAGGAUGAGGGAGCCACUCUUCUGUCUGUGGGACUGGCCAGUCCACACUGCAGACUGGAGACUCUCAGGUUAUCUGGGUGUCUUUUGACAGAUGAAGGAGGUUGUUCACUCGGCUCAGCUUUGAUUCUGAACCCUUCUCAUCUGAGAACAUUGGAUUUGAGCUACAACAAUAUAGGAGAGGCAGGAUUGAAAACAGUGGCUGCUGCUUUAGAGGAUCCACAGUGGAGUCUAAGCACUGUUAGGGUGAAUCCACCCGGAGCCCAAUUCUUAACACCUGGUCUUAAAAAAUACACUUUUGAUGUGUCGUAUGAUGAAAACACAGCCCACCGCAAUCUCCGAAUCUCAGAAGACAAAAAGACCGUGACUCGUGUUCAAGAUAAGCAGCCAUUUCCAAAUCACCCCGACCGGUUUGUCAGCUGGCCCCAGGUGUUGUGCUGUACUAGUCUGACAGGGCGCGCUUACUGGGAAGUGGAGUGGAGGGGCAAAGUAGAUGUAGCAGUGACUUAUAGUGGCAUUAAGAAGAGGGGGGACAGUGGAGAUGGUUUGUUUGGAGAGAACAGUCUGUCUUGGACCCUGAGAUGCACUGAUGGACAAUACUCAGUUUGUCAUAACCAACAAAGACACUUCCUGUCUCAAGUUUCCUCAGGCUCUGGAAGGAUAGGUAUAUUUGUGGAUUAUCCUGCUGGCUCACUCUCCUUUUACAAUAUUCUAACAGACAAACUAGUUCACAUUUACACCUUCAGAACUACUUUCACUGAUUCGCUGUUUCCUGGUUUUGCCUUCUGUCACGAUGACUCCUUUGUCAGCUUGUUGUCUGAGGCAUAAAGAUUUUCAGAGGAUCAGAUUUUGAGUUUACAACAGGGGUGUCUGUAACAACAAACAAUAACGUAAAAACAAAGAUGUGAGACAGAGCUCCACCAAAACCAAAAUGAAGGUGUGGGAGCACAGUUUAGUUUCUGCAAACGCUUCUUCUGAAUGCCUGACUAUAUUGCUUGUUGUAGUCUUAAAUUGAAGUAGCCCAAGAGAUGGAAGACGAGGCUUGUGAUAGUAUUGUCCAGCAGUGCAAUUUCUCAAAUUUGAUACAUCUUGCACAGUGUAUUUUAGGAACACCAUAUUACUGUGUUUUGUGUUGUGUGCUUUUAAACAUUAAGUUAUAAAUUGCCACUUUAUUCAAAAAUAACAAGUAAAAAGGAAGCACUGAAGAUAGAACGUUUAUUUGUUCCACAAUGGGGAAAUUUAUUGAUUUAUUAUAAUUUUUUUUUUGUAAUGGUAAUGGCAAACAAUAUAUGCUUAAAACACUCUACGCCUAUCUGUUUAAAAUGGUUUGCAUUGGUACUGUACUGUUGCACUUAGAGUACCAGAAUUGGUACUGUAUUUUUAUUGUAUUUACAAACAUCUUUUCAAUAUUUUCUUCUAUUGUUUUCUGUUAUCAUUAUAUAUCUGUAAUUAUCUUGAAUAAUAAAUUAUAUGAAAUAUGUCAUCUA